UUCUAUUGUAAUGCAAUAGCCCUCUGAUUGUUACCGCAGAUUGUCUUGCCCUCUCAUGCUAGUCUGUACUUCCCUGUCUACAGGUCUGAUCGAAGUCUGAUUGUCAAUUCCGUUGUCAUGACCUGUCACCAACAGUCGGGGCUGGUCGAUGGCCUGUACUACUUCCGGGACCACUACUUCGAAAGCCACAGCGUGGGGGAUGCCGGGAGGAAGCAGCAGGACGUGCUGAAGGAAAUGGAGAAGACGCUCCAGCAGAUGGGCGAGAUAGAUGGCUCUUCCCAGGGCCGGGCGCGGGCCCUGAUGCUGAAGGGGAAGGCUCUGAACGUGACGCCCGACUACAGCCCCCAGGCGGAGGAGCUGCUGUCCAAGGCCGUGAAGCUGGACCCGGAGCUCGGGUCCUCCCACGAUUCCGACCCCUUCCUUCCUAGACCGCUGUGUCUCUCCGCUGCAGAUGUGCUGGGAAACGCCUACCUCUCGCUGUUCUUCCACACUGGCCAGAGCCCCGGCAUUGCCCAGCAGGCCCUGAGCGCCUAUGCCCAGGCGGAAAAGGUGGAUCCUACAGCGUCCUGUAACCCGGACCUGCACCUCAACCGCGCUACGCUCCAUAAAUACGAGGAGAAUUACACAGAGGCCCUGGAGGGCUUCUCCCGCGCGGCCGCCCUUGACCCCGCCUGGCCCGAACCCCGGCAGCGCCAGCAGCAGCUUCUGGAUUUCCUGGAGCGACUCACCAGCCUCCUGGACAACAAGGGCAAAGUGAAGGGUAAGAAGCUGCAGAGCAUGCUGGGAAGCCUGGGCCCAUCCCAGCUGGGUCCCUGUGGGGACGGGCGAUACCAAGGAUCCUCGGGCCAGAAAGUGGCACUGGAGCAUCGCCCGCUGAGCGCCCUGCAGCCAGGCGUGAACACGGGGGUCGUAGUGCUCGGCAGGGUGGUCUUCAGCCUCACCACGGACGAGAAAGUUCCCUUCACGUUUGGCCUGGCGGACUCCACGGGCCCCUGCUUUGCUGUCACCGUCUAUAACAUGGUCCAGAGCUGGGGAGUGCUCAUUGGCGACCGUAUGCCUGGCCGUGGGGCGGGAGGUACACGGGAAGUCACCGGAGACAGUAGGGUGAUACAGGACCAUAGUCCUUUGUCAGUACUUGUCAGCACAGAAGCUGUCAGUACAAUCCAUGAUGGGGAGAAGGGCCCGGAGCUAAGUGCCUUGACCUGUGCUCCUCGCCAGCUGAGACAAACUCGCACUGAGCCGUCCGUCCCUCACAGCCCUGCAGCCAGCUCCACCUUCGUCCUGUUUCCCAGGCAAAAGAGCUUCUCCUUCCCUGGGAUCCGUGUGGAAACCCCACUCCUGCUGGUGGUGAAUGGCAAGACGCAGGGGCCCGGCGCCCAGGCGGCAGCUACCGUUUCCUACCGAACGCAGAGCGAUUGAAGCUCGCGGGCGAGAAUGUGCGAAGGUAGCUCUUUGCCCUCCAGUGCUGGUGCUGGAGGGGUUGGACUUGUUCUGCUGUCAGCAGCCCUCUGGUGGGUCACAGCAGCAAAAUGGGUUAUGGGGCCAGCAGGAUACCGGGGAUUUACAGCUGGGUUUUGUGGCGAAGGACGGGGUCUGAGAACGGGAUGAUCCCUCCCAGGGAGGGGAUUUUGAUAGCUGCGGGAUGGGGGAUACCUGGAGUGUGGAACGAGGUGAUUUCCCCCUAUGGAGAGGGAGCGAGGCAACCAGGGUGGGGGGUAGAGAUGGGGAAGCACAGAAUGGGGCAUUCUCCCCUGUGCGCGUGCAUGCACGCACCCACGCACACGCACACACACACACACAGACAGAGAUUCCCCUUUUCCCAGUUUC